AUGUACUUGGUUUAUGUGGGAGAUAGACACUUCUGCGUGGGGGUGGUGAACUCGCAACGUUUUCAUAUAGGCUACUAUGGGUGUCAUCCAACUUGUCUCGAUGUUGACUGCAAGACAUUCAUUUUCUACCGUUAUGGAUACUACCAUAUGUUGAAUGAUGAUUUUGUGUGCCCCCUUCUUCUUCUUCAUGCUAGUGAGUUUGGAAAAUAG